AUGAUUGUCAGAAUGCAUUUCAAUGCAAUCAAGAUGGCUUAUGCCAUUUCAAAUAAAUUGGCUGCAAAUAAGAUCAACAAACUCUCUUCAAGGAUUAAAUAAAAAUAAUCUGUGGAAGAUGUUCAUAAUCUAUAAGAUUUCUUAACCACUCAAAUCUAAGAAAACAAGCUCUAUAACACUAUUCACAGGACAUCCAAAUAUGAUGAUGGAUUCGACGAAUUUUUAACUGAAUACAAAAAGAAGCAUAAAGACAUUUUAGAUCUCACUCAUUAUGCAGCAUCUCCUCUGAAUAAAACCAAUCAAUUGAGAGAAGAGGAAUUUAGAUAAUUACAAUCAUUUCUUGAUAAAAGAAAGAGAUAAUUAAAAAAGGAAAUUAUUAUCGAUUAAAGUUAAUUGGAGUCUGAUCCUGCUAAUGAUAAAUUUGUAGAAAAAAAACUAGGGUUCCAAUACCCAAAAAAUGUUAAUCGUUCAGGAUUCAAAAUCAAAGAUCAAUUUUUUUGUAUCCUUAUUGAUAGAGACACUAACACUUAAGUAACUACCUUAUAAAGAAUCAAUUCUUUCAGACAACUGAUUUUCAUUGGAAAUGGCAAUGGUGUUAUAGGAUAUGGGAAAGGAAAGGGUAAAGAUUUUGAAACUGCAUUAAGAAGAGCUAAAGUAGAUGCUUAAAGAAAUCUAGUACCAAUCAGUCUUGACUUAUGGCAUACAUGUCCAAUCCCACUCACAGGAAGAUUCAAUGAUGCAGAAAUUGAAAUUAAUCCAAGACCAUUAGGAUUUAACGCCUAUGGUAAUCCUCAAAUUGCAUCUAUGUUAAUGCUAACUGGAAUACAUCAUUGCAGCUUCAAGGUCAGAUCAAGGAAUUAGCUUCCCUAUUCUUUACUUUAUGCAUUCAUGCAAGCUGUGACAAAUAAUGCUACAGCUGAAGAAGUCAGUGAAGCUAGCGGUAUGAAAAUAUAUAGAUAGAAUUGGGGAAAAAAAAUUGGAAGAACAGCUCCAUUAACAUUCGACGGAAUCUGAGUUGCUUGUUUUUACAAUAUUCAAUAUGUAAAUUCAUGUAUUUUUAAUUCAAAAAAUUAUUAAA